AAAACAUGUCGAGAACUUGGUGUAGCUAUUGUUUGUUAUUCACCUUUGGGUCGUGGUAUACUCAGUGGACAGAUUAAAAGCCUAGAUGAUAUAGGAGAAGAUGAUGCUCGAAGAAUGUGGCCACGUUUUUCAAAAGAAAACUUUCCAAAGAAUCUUGAAUUAGUUAAUCAAUUAACAGCAUUAGCUAAACAAAAAGGUUGUACAACAGGUCAACUAACAUUAGCAUGGAUACUUGCUCAAGGUGAUGAUUUUAUUCCAAUUCCAGGCACAUCAAAAAUAAAAAACUUAGAAGAAAAUGCAGGAGCAGCUCAAGUUAAAUUAAGUAAAGAAGAAGUCAAGGAAAUUCGUGAUGCCUGUGAAAAAGCUGAUGUACAAGGUGAUCGUUACGAUCCACGAUUUAGUGCUCAUCUAUUUGGUGAUUCUGCUCCAAAGAAGAAUUAG